UUUGACCUCAACAAAUCAACUGAUGCCCAGUGCAUAGAGUACUUUAGAUUUCGAAAAGAAGACAUUUUCCGCUUAGGAGAAGCUCUAAGCAUUCCAGAUAAGAUCAUAUGUGAAAAUCGAGUCCGGGCAAAUGGGACUGAAGCAUAUUGUGUCUUUCUGCGUCGGCUUGUUUAUCCCAACAGGUUGUCUGAUAUUGAACCAAUGUUUGGUCGACAUAGAACAACACUAUCGAUGAUUGUGAAGGAGGUAACAAACCUUAUCAUGGAUACACAUGGUCACCUUCUUAGUAGCCUACAACAGCCCUGGCUGAAUCUCCAGUCUUUACAGUCAUAUGCAGAUGCUGUCAAUCGGAAAGGAGCACCACUAAAAAACUGCAUAGGAUUUAUUGAUGGGACAGUCCGUCUUAUAUGUCGCCCAACUGUCAACCAGAGAAUUGUUUAUAAUGGUCAUAAAAGAACUCAUGCUUUAAAGUAUCAAUCAAUAGUGUUGCCGAACGGACUGAUUGCCAAUAUGUAUGGGCCUAUUGAAGGGAGAAGACAUGAUUCUGCCCUUUUAAGACUUAGUGAAAAGAUGGAGAAUUUAGAGGUUGGUGGUAGAUUUACUCUUUAUGGAGAUCCAGCUUACCCUAUCAGGGACUGGCUUUUAUCACCAUACAAGAGUGCUCAUAUUACCGAUGAUCAGAGGUUAUUUAAUGCACGUAUG